UGUGUUCAGAACGACGGAUCCUUCUGUCAGUAUUACUUGACAACAUCAUGCACAUUUAUGGAAUAUGAUGCAAUAAAUAAAAGGGAAGUAUGCCCAAAUCGCUGAAAAAGUCGUUUACCUCUCAGGCGUCAAUCAGCAGGUACUUCGGGGGACGGAGUGGAAGUAACGCGCCAAAAACACAAGCUACUUCUAAUUGUUCAAGAGGCAAGAAGCGUGUUUCACACCACCUCUGUCAAUCAGACCCCCCUUCCAAACAAGCCAGACUUUCCCUGCAGGUUCAAGAGGAUGGAGGCCUUGGCACAGUUUCCACUCACAGCUCAACAGAGUCAAAGAGUCAAGGACUGGGUGUUCUCUGCCCAUCCACUUUGGAGAGGCUGAAAGGCUUCACUUGCACGGCUGAUCUUGGAGGCAGCUGUGAUGUCGAAGUGAAGGAGGCAAGCAGUGAAAGCCAUGACGGUCGCCCUACUGAUGGCAAAGGUCAAUGUGGCGAUGAGGGGCAGCUCACAGAGAAGGAGGAAGAGGUCAAAGACAAGCAGACCUUCUCCAUGUUUGCCAGCCGAUAUGCCAACAGAGGGGCUGCUGGACGAACACAGCUCAGUCCUUCAUCAGACUGUAGCGCCGCCUCCAGAUGCACAAAGAGUGUGUACACACCUCUGGAGCAGCAGGUGAUCCAGCUGAAACAGAAGCACAAGGACGUCGUGUUGGCUGUGGAGUGUGGAUACAAGUACAGGUUUUUUGGAGACGAUGCUGAGAUUGCAGCAAAGGAGUUGAACAUCAGCUGUCAUCUGGACCGGAACUUCAUGACAUGUAGCAUCCCUACGCAUCGUUUGUUUGUUCAUCUCAGACGACUGGUGUCCCAUGGCCACAAGGUGGGUGUUGUCAAGCAGACUGAGACGUCCGCCAUCAAAGCGUCAGGGGCCAAUAAGAACACGCUGUUCGCUCGACAGCUUAGUGCUCUAUACACCAAAUCCACACUGGUGGGAGAGGACGUAAACCCAGUCAGCAGACUGGAUAAUCAGGAGGAGGGUGGCUGUCAUGAUGUGGUGUCAGAAACUCAUGACAGCUUCCUGUUGUGUGUCAGUGAGAACUGGGACAAAUUGAAGAAGCAGCUCACUGUGGGAGUGGUGGCAGUUCAGCCCAGCACGGGGGAUGUCCUGCUGGACUCGUUCACUGAUGGUCAGUCUCGCUCAGAACUGGAAAGUCGUGUCUUGAAGAUCAACCCCGUGGAGAUCCUGGUGUCCUCUGAUCUCUCAGAGCCGACCCACAGACUCUUACAGAGCAUCACUAAUGCCAGUGCUCAGGCUGACGACAAAGUGCGAAUUGAGAAGAGGGACAGCGCCUGCUUUGAGUUUGCCUCUGCAAUGAACACAGUCACUGAGUUCUAUUGCCACAGCAAGGUUGAAGACUGUCACUCUUUAUCCAGUGUGGCAUCUUUGGAGAGCCCAGUUAUAUGCUGUUUGGGACCGCUUAUACAGUACCUCCAGGAGUUCAAUUUGGAAAGAGUGCUUAGGAGUGAAAGCUCCUUCCAGCGUUUGACUUGUGAGUCGGAGGGCAUGAUCCUCAGCGCGGCCACACUCAAGAACUUGGAAAUUCUCAACAAUCAGACAGAUGGAAGUGUGAGGGGCAGUCUACUGUGGGUGUUGGACCAUACUCGUUCUCCGUUUGGCAGGAGGCUGAUGAGGAAGUGGGUGACCCGACCACUUAUGAAUGCACGGUCAAUCUUGGAGAGGCAGGAUGCAGUGCAGGAGAUCCUCGAAUCUGAUUCUGUAACCUUAAAUUCUAUGAAAUCCCUGUUGGCGCAUUUGCCCGAUCUGGAGAGAGGACUUUGCAGCAUAUACAACAAAAAGUCCUCCACGCAGGAGUUUUACCUCAUCAUUAGCAGCCUUUGUCGCCUGGCCCUGGAGCUGCAGGCCCUGCUGCCAGCUAUCAGAGGGCAGAUCUGCUCUGGGCUGAUUCAAGGACUCCUGCUGGAUGUCCCGGACCUGCUGGAGCCAGCACAUGGCUUUUUGAGAGUGCUUAAUGAAAAAGCAGCCAAGUGUGGGGAUAAAACCGAGCUGUUCUCAGAUCUGUCUGGCUUCCCAGUGCUGCAGGAAAGAAGAGAUCAGAUUCAGAGAGUUCUAGAGGAGAUUCAGCACCAUCGCAAAGACAUCAGGCUGAUACUGAAGGCUCCCGCCAUGGACUAUACCUCAGUGUCGGGACUAGAGUUUCUGAUUGAGGUGAAGAACUCUAAGUCUUCCAUUGUUCCUCCUGACUGGGUCAAAGUCAGCAGCACCAAAACGGUCAGCCGGUAUCACUCUCCAUUUUUGGUGGAGCGCCAUAGGAAGAUGCUGCAACUACGAGAACAGCUGCUGCUGGACUGCCAGAGGGAGUGGACCACUUUUAUGGAUCAGUUUGGGGAGCACUAUCACACCAUGAAAAGGGCUAUUAGUCACCUAGCAACCAUGGACUGUCUUUUCUCAUUGGCUGAGGUGGCCAGACAGGGGGACUACUGCAGGCCAGAGCUGUGCGACAGUGAGCGUCUGAUUGUCAUCAGGGAUGGCAGACACCCUGCUAUAGACUUAUUAAUGGGAGAGCACAGUCAGUUUGUGCCAAACCAUACACAACUGCAGGGUGAUGGGAAGAGAACAAUGAUCAUCACAGGCCCUAACAUGGGAGGGAAGAGUUCCUAUAUUCGCCAGGUGGCUCUCAUCUGUGUUAUGACCCAAAUGGGCUCCUACGUGCCGUGCUCUGAGGCCCGUCUGGGCAUUUUGGACGGCAUUUAUACCAGAGAGAAGAGUGCUGUCCUGUUUUCACCUCAUCUGUCAUCUCUACCAUCAGCUUCAGUUUCUAAUUGGGACUGAAGAAGAAAGUUUGUAAGCCAAGUUGCUUUGCUAUAGCAUGUGAUGUUUUGUACUCUAAUGGGUGAAGGCAGAUGGAUGGUGUGGGUAGUUUAGAAGCAGAUUUGGUGUGGGGUAAUAAAUUGUUGCAUUAUUAUUAUGCACAACCCACUUCCCCCUCCUUUGCCAGUCUACACAAGACUGGUUUUAGUGGGAAAAAGGAUACAAAAUGCUAAAUAUGUCAGGUUUGAGCCCACAUCUAAAUAGAAAUAUGUCUUAUAUGCGAAAAUAACAAUAACUUUCAGAAAAUGCAUUUGAAACGUAUUUGGACAUGACUCAUGAUUUGAAUUUGAAUUUACCCCAUAUGGCACCACAUUAGGUAAAUAUUUCAACAGUUACACAGUAUGUACACAGCCUUAAGUCACAGUUGCUUUGGGCUCAAAUACUCAUUUCCCUUAAUCAACUUCCAAUGAUUGUAUAGCCUUUAGUUAAUGUUAUUUUAGAUGCUGGUUUUUCUGGAUUUUUUUUCUUCUUCUCUGUUACGAUGACUCUACCAUAAACGUUCUGGACUGUUCAUAUCUCUGUGAUGGGGAAAAUUUUGAAAAUUCACAAGGGGGCAAAUACAGAACUUGUUUCCCAUUGGUCAGCCAGCAGGCUCAUUGUGUGCAUGUGUGUGAUGCAAAUGUGUGUGUGUCUGUGUUUUCUUGCAGUAAGUCCUGAAGGUUACAAAGCUUCUAUCCCUUUGUGGUCGUUAUGGAAACAGCCAAAAGGAGGAAUGUAAAAGUGUGUUUUACAAAGAACCUGUUGUCAAACAGAGGUUUCAAGUAGUCAUGAUGCUGAAUUUUAAGUCUCCCCACUAUUCCAGGAAUGCAAUUAGAUAUUUUUCAGGGUUACAUAGUGGCAAAUAUGCAGUGGCAAAUAUCUAGAAAUCUAGAUGGUGUUUAUUUCCCAUCAUUCCCAGUUGAGCAGUGCUGCAUCCCAAAUGGAUUCUUCGGUUUUUAAAGUGCUGCAAUUGGUGUCAGACCGCCUGUUCCCUUUUGUAGGCGGCACACAUGUCUGCUCUGGUCUAUCGCAGCAGUUGCAUGUCUAAAAUCAGCCGUGGCACAGGAUACUGCUCUCAAUAGAGUGCAAACAAAAAAACAGUGUGUGAAACAUUGUGGUAUUGUGUAACUUCUUAAACUCUCAUUUAGACACACAGUUCUUUGCCGGCUUACAUACAGUGGAACCUCCAAGUUCAAAUGGAAUGGGAUUCAUUCAUUCAUUUUCUCCCGCGUUUCCUCACAAGGGGUGCGGGGGUGCUGGAGCCUAUCCCAUGAUGAUGGCAGAGGGUGGAAUCAAACUCGGGUCUCCUAGCUGCAUGGCCUAUAAUGGGAUUUUUAAAUGAUUUUUUUUUUCCAUAGGAAUGUUUUAGGGGGAGUACUCAUAAAAUAAUACAUCUGAAUUAGGUACUGUAGGUGUACUUGACGUUGUGGUCAGUGAGUGUACAGUACACACCCCCUAAAUGGGAAAAAAAUGCUUUGAAAGCACUCUCAUAUUUAAAAAAAAAAAUCAACGGAUGAAUGCUGCUGCACGGCGGUCGAGUGGUUAACGCGCAGACCUCACAGCUUGGAGACCAGGGUACAAUUCCACCCUUGGCCAUCUCUGUGUGGAGUUUGCAUGUUCUCCCCGUGCAUGCGUGGGUUUUCUCAGGGUACUCUGGUUUCCUCCCACAUUCCAAAAACAUGCUAGGUUAAUUGGCAACUCCAAAUUGUCCAUAGGUAUGAAUGUGAGUGUGAAUGGUUGUUUGUCUAUAUGUGCCCUGUGAUUGGCUGGCGACGAGUCCAGGGUGUACCCCGCCUCUCGCCCGAAGACAGCUGGGAUAGGCUCCAGCACCCCCGCGACCCUCAUGAGGAUAAGCGGUAGAAAAUGAAUGAAUGAAUGAAUGACUGGAUGAAUGUUAUUGCGUUUCAUUAUGCUGCACAUGCAUGUGCUUUCCUGUAAUUUGUAUUUGAGCUGUCAUUUAUUCAUGUCUCCAUUUUUACAGUUGUGCUGCGAAAAUGCCAUAAGACUGUGUGAUUAUGCAUGCAAGCAUGAGUGAAAGCAACACUUUAAUGGAACAAUGACUAUGACCAGCAUAAUGGAAUUGACAAUUAAAAAAAAAAACACGUAAAAUACGGCUAAGCAUGUUUUUUGGAAAG